AUGUAUUUCAACAAGGCAAUGGAACUCAAUGCAGACAAUUGGCGGACCCUGUGUGAGCUAGCAAAAACAUAUGAUUCAGAAAAUGAUUGGCAGAAAUCCACUGAGCUCUUGGGACGAGUUCGGCUAAGUUUGCUGAACGCAAUUUCCGAGUCAUCAGAUGACGGGCCACUAAAAGAGCAUCUGCAUAUAUACCUGGAGCAUAUGGGUCGACCGGGAGAAACAAUUCGAGGUCAUCCAAGAGGCAUAUCAAUAUGCACCCUCUUGCUGGAAUUUUACCAUGAAAUUGUUGAGAAAGCUAGCAAAAUUCCGGUCCCGGAAGAGGAUUUCUCGGAAUUAAUUCAAUUCUUCCUAGGCAGCGUAUUUGGUGUGGAAGGUAAGGCAAAGCUUGCUGCGGAUGCCGCAUUGGCCACCUAUGACCUGAAAUUCGCAUUGGAGAGCCUGCAGAUGACGACCAAGGUAGCUUGA